AUGGACCCGCUGCCGGCGGCGCCGGUGCCGGAUGCGGAUCCCCUGCCCUCGGUGCCGGUAGGAUGCGCGUCCCCUGCCCCCGGUGCCGGUGCCGGUGCGGGCGCUGCCGCCGCUGCCGGGGAGGCGGGCGGGAGGCGGGCCGGUGACUCAUGGCUUCCCAACGGCGGCGGCUCCUCCCCGCGGCCGCCGGCCCCGCGCAGCCCCCGGCACAUGGGCCGCGGCUCCGGCAGCGCGGAGCUGGCCAUGGCCGCACCGCCCGCCCGCUGCCCCGACUGCCCGGGGCCGGAGCGGGGGGGCGGCGGCGGGACCCCCGCCGUGCCACACCUCGGCAUUGCGGUGGACGAGGGGGACGUGCUGCCCGGGGCGCUGCGGAUCGUGCGGCGGCUGAGACCCGCCUGGGAUCCGGCCGCGGUGAAGACCAAGCUCUUCACUGAUGGCAUCACCAACAAGCUGGUGGCCUGCUACAUGGACGAGGGCAUGGUGGACGCGCUGCUGGUGCGAGUGUACGGCAGGAAAACCGAGCUGCUGGUGGACAGGGAGACGGAGCUGAGGAAUUUCCAGGUGCUCCGAGCCCACGGUUGCGCCCCCGACCUCUACUGCUCCUUCCAGAACGGGCUCUGCUACCAAUUCCUGCCGGGAAUCGCGCUGGGACCCGACCACGUGAGGGAUCCCCACAUCUUCAGGCUGGUGGCCCGGGAGAUGGCCCGAGUCCACGCCAUCCACGCCAACGGGAGCCUCCCCCGGCCCAUGCUGUGGCAGAAGCUGCACAAAUACCUCAGCCUGGUGAAGACAGAGCUCAGCCCAAAGGUAUCCAACGCCAGCCUCCCGCGGGACGUGCCCAGCCCCGAGGCGCUGGAGCAGGAGCUGGCCUGGAUGGAGGAGACGCUGUCGCAGCUGGGGUCCCCCGUGGUGCUGUGUCACAACGACCUCCUGUGCAAGAACAUCAUCUACGACAGGACACGAGAGCGCGUGCGCUUCAUCGACUACGAGUACACGGGCUACAACUACCAGGCCUUCGACAUCGGCAACCACUUCAACGAGUUCGCAGGUGUGAAGGAGGUGGAUUAUGGCCUCUACCCUGGCAAGGAGACGCAGCUGCAGUGGCUGCACUCCUACCUGCAGGCCUACAAGGAGCUCACCCAGGGCCACCCAGGUGACAGCCAGGUGUCCCAGGAGGAGCUGGAGACCCUCUACGUGCAAGUGAACAAGUUCUCCUUGGCGUCCCAUUUCCUCUGGGCCUGCUGGGGCCUGAUCCAGGAUAAAUAUUCCACCAUAGACUUUAAUUUCUUACGAUAUGCAAAGUUAAGGUUUAAACAGUACUUCAAGAUGAAGCCGGUGGUCACAGCCCUGCAGGUCCCCAAGUAGGGGCCGCCCCGAGCUCUCCUGUCCUGGCCGUGCCCUCGCGCCCCCCUCGCCCAGCGGUGCCAAGGGGGACAAGAGGAGCCCUGCCCCGGCCACCACCGCUCCCAGGAGAGCCUGGCCACCCCCAAGACUGGACCACGAGAUGCUGGAGAGGACCAGGGCCCCGCGAGGCCCCAGCCCACGCCAGGAAGCCCCACCACCGCCUUAACGCCCGGUGCCGGUGCCCGGCAGGUCCGUGCCCCGCUGGCACUGCUGCUGCUGCCCGGCCUGGCACCAACCCCUCCCCUGCGCUGUCCCCGAGGGGGACACGGCGUCACCCCGGCCGCUCAGGGCCCCCAGAGCUGCCCCACUGUCCCCUCCUGCCCCGCUGGGUGCCACCCUCAAAGCAGCGCUGUCCCAUGUCCCUGCUGGCCCCCAGCACGGGACCCUUGUCCCUGAGGGGUGGCAGCUGUGGGCAAAGGGGCAGUGCCAGCCGUGAGCCCCUGGCACCUGUGGGGUGCUGCUGUGGGCACGGGGUGCCCGCCCCCCCUGCGUCGUUCCAGCCCGGGGGUGUCCCCACAGCUGCCCCUGCCUGUCCCCACUGUCCCCUUGGCUUGGUGGCUUCUCCCCCGCCCCCAGCUCUGCCCCCAGGGGGUCUGGGGACAUCCAGGGAGGUCUGUCCUGCCUGUCCCCACCCCUGUCCUCCUCCCUUGGCUGUGUCCCCAUCCCUGGCAGGAGGUGGCACGGAGCUGCCCCGCUCCAGGACCGGGCACAGCUUCACCCCCACCCCCCUGCCCUGCUGAGCCCGUCGAGCUCAGCUCAGCAAUCAGGGCCCUGUGCCCCCCCUGCUGUGGGGACAAGGUGACUGUCCCUUCCCCAGGCACAGGGACCUCCCCCACAGCCCUGUGCCACCUCAGCUGUGGGGACAAGGUGGCUGUCCCUUCUCCAGGCACAGGGAUGUCCCCGAGAGCCCUGUACCCACCUUGGCUGUGGGGACAAGGUGACUGUCCCUUCUCCAGGCACAGGGAUGUCCCCCAGGCAGACCCAGGGCUGCUGGCACGUCCGUGUUUGUUUCAGUGGGAAAUAAAAGCUGCUGGUAGCUGGAAUUUGGGGCUGUGGAUCUGGGGCUGGAGCAGGGGCAGCCCCCCCGGGCUCUGGGGGUGCUCCUGUCCCUUCUGUACCCCAAGAUGUCCCCAUCCAACCCUCACCCCCACUCUGGUGAAGCCCAAGCCCCUUUCUCUGCUCCAAAAAGUCACUUUUAUUGUGCCAAGGGCCAAGGGGAGGAACGAUUGUAAACAGGGAUGUGAAAUAUACAGGUUAAGUUACUCGUCGUCUUAUUAACAAAAUAAAGCUCUAUCUAUAUUUACAAUCUUUAAAAAACAAAACGAAACAACAAAAAAAUAAAAAGUAAUGGAAGAGAGACAAGAAGAGCUGCAGCUGUGGGGGGGGGACACAUCUGCUGCCAGUCCCUCUGCAGCACAGCCUGGCCCAG